GUUUUGGUCGUCCUGUGUUUCAGCGUGUCCUUUGUGAGGCCCGCGUUCAGGAAGGGCUGUGGGAUACAAGGAGCGCGUUAAAGGACAGGUGUUCUUACUAAGGACUCUUCCUGCCUUCCUGAGGAAAAGAUAGAAGCAAACAGGAUGGUAACUGAGUGUUUAAGAAAUUGUUCUCAGGACUCAGUGACCUUUGCUGAUGUGGCUGUGAACUUCACCCAGGAAGAAUGGACUUUACUGAACUGCUUUCAGAGAAAGCUAUACAGAGAUGUGAUGCUGGAGAACUACAAGAACCUGACCACAGCAGGAUAUCAGGUGUUCAAACCCACUCUGAUCUCUUGGUUGGAAGAAGAAGAGUUGAGUACUGUGGAGAAAGGAGUCCUCCAAGAGUGGGGAAUCCAACUUGAAGCCAAAGACUCAAGAAUUGGGCAGAAUAUUUUUGGGAAAAAAAUGUCAAAUGGGAUAGAAAAGGCAAGAGGCCUUAAUGUACAGGAACUCUAUGACAGUGAGCAAUGUGGGAAAGACUUCAGUGACCACUCAUGCCUUAGGACACACAGGAGUACUCAAAAUGGAGGGAACCCUUAUGAAGAUAAUCAGGAUGGGAAAAACUUCCUUACUCUGCACAACAAAUCCUUUACUGGAGAAAAAUGUUCCAUGUUUAAUCAGUGUCGAGAAACUGUCAUGCUGUCUCCAAAUAUUGUGCCCUGGAAAUCUUACGUACAAGAAAAAGCCUUAGAAUGCAGAGAUGUUGGGAGAGCCUUUGUUAAUCAGUCUUACCUUUGGACACAAGUGAGAGCUCACAAUAAAGAAAAGCUCUACAAAUGGAAGGAAUGUGGAAAAACUUCUGGUCACUCAACAAGCCUUCAUGCACAUGUGCCAACUCACACUGCUAACAAAUGCUACAGAUGUGAGGACUCUGGAAAAGUCUCCACUGCAUCCCUAAGCCAUAGACAACAUAUAAAAACACACACUGGAGAGAAGCCUUUUCAGUGUGACACAUGUGGGAAAGCCUUUAGGUUUUCCUCAUACCUUCUUGUUCAUAGUCGAAUUCACACUGGAAUAAAACCCUACAAAUGUAAGGAAUGUGGGAAAACCUUUAGAUUGUCCUCAUACCUUCGUGUUCACAGUCAAAUUCACACUGGAAUAAAACCCUACAAAUGCAGGGAUUGUGGGAAAGCCUUUAGAUUAUCCUCAUACCUUCGUGUUCACAGUCAAAUUCACACAGUAAUAAAACCUUACAAAUGUGAGGAAUGUGGGAAAGACUUCAAACAUUCUCUGCCCUUUAACAUUCACAUGGGAACUCACACUGGAGAUCAACCCUAUAAAUGUAAGGAAUGUGGGAAAACCUUCACUCGAUCCUCAGGCCUUAUUGAACAUAUGAAAACUCAUACUGGAGAGAAGCCUUUUAAGUGUGACACAUGUGGAAAAACCUUCACUCGAUCCUCAGGCCUUACUGAACAUAUGAAAACACACACUGGAGAGAAGCCUUUUAAGUGUGACACAUGUGGAAAAACCUUCACUCGAUCUUCAGGCCUUACUCGACAUAUGAAAAUUCACACUGGUGAGAAGCCUUUUAAAUGUGAUACAUGUGGGAAAGCCUUUGCUUCUUCUUCCCACCUUAUUAGACAUCUGCAGUCUCAUACUGCACAGAAGACUAUUAAAUGUGACAAAUGUGGGAAGGCCUUUGCUAAUUCCUCAUAUCUUACUAUACAUUUUAGAACUCACACUGGAGAGAAGCCUUUUGAGUGUAAUGUGUGUGGGAAAACAUUUACCACUUCUUCAUAUCUUAUCAUACACAAACGAACUCACACUGGAGAGAAACCAUAUGAAUGUAAGGAAUGUGGAAAAACGUUUUCUCACUUCUCAAGCCUUUCUUACCAUAUAAAACGACAUUGA